GUUGAAACGUAUGCUUGAUGAACAUGUCAAUCCCAUCGAUGGCCUUAGCAGCAGAUGGAAUGGUGACCGAUGGAAGAGAUGGUACGAGUCGUAAUGGCCAGCCCGAUGAAGAUUUUGAAAUUAUGAUGUUAUAAUGACCCUCCCUACCUACCCUUACCUGUACGAGAAGGACACUAUAACCUGUGCGCGCACAGGAACCUUACAAGUUCAGGUUCUGACCCCAGAUCAGCCAGUGCACAGGAUUGUCACCGACCUCUGUCACUUGACUUCAGUCUCACUCCAGUCACGCAAGAUACGAGAUAUCUAUGGACGCUGCCGGUCGGGCAACCGCGAGGUGGUGGGCUUCGGUAUCAACGGUACAAAUGCAUACAAGGACGACUCAGCUUUUCCUUUCCCUGCGAUCCGAUUCAAGGAAAAUACAUUUGAUCUAGUUGCCAUAAAGGAGAGAGAGAAAUGCGAUUGGCGAGUACUGUGUUGUGAAGAGAAGAAGGCGCUAUACCGCAUGUCCUUCUGCCAAACAUUUGCGGAGUUUCAGCAUAACACUGGCACCUGGAAACUCAUACUAGGCACGGUGCUUUUUUUAACAUCGCUUGGCUUCUGGUGUAUGAUGUUCAGUCAUUACUACAUUUAUGAACCCCUGCCAAUCUCGCUGUCGACAAUGUCACAAAAGGCUCAGCUCCGUAGGAUGAUAGAGCUUCGUGUGAACCCCGUCGACGGGAUCACUUCACAUUGGGACUACGACUAUGAUAGGUGGAAGUGGCAAACGGAAGCAAUAGAAAGGGAAAGGUUGCGAUUGAAGAACUUGCCUACGUCAUAAUUGUGAUGCGCUCACUACAAACAAAUAGACAGGCAAACAAAAGGGAACUGUCCGAAGUAAUUAAAGACAAAUACUGGGCUAUUAAUCGUCCAAUGAGUACAAUUUCCACUUUGGUUGUUAAGCAAAAGGAAUGUGGAUGUCCAGUUCCAAUACCGUCAUCAUUUCAAUGGUACCUGGCAGAGGAAAACAUGUGAGAAAUUAGCAAAAUUGACCUCGUGUCCAAUCUUUUUUUACGAUAUUCAGCUUGAUAGUUAACGCAUACCCAUUAUCCUCCGCAAACUUCUACUUGUUUUUAAACCUUUUCCUCUACAUGGUAAUUGAUGGUCAUAACUUCAGAGUUUUAAAAUCCUGUUAAAAUGUCACCAGGUAGUCUGUGCUUACACGCCCGUGCCCUUAUACGUCGGUGGAAUCCUUGAUCUGGUCUGUUCAAUGUCUGUUUUCGCCGACGAGGUCCUUUCAAGUUUUCUGGUAAUACGGAUUGAUGCGAGAUAUUAGGCCAAAGUACUGUAUUUGCUAUAGCCGAGACGUCGAGCCCUUAGCCUCGCCCAUUGUGCUAUCAAUGGGCUAAUAAAAUAUUAACGAUUUCCCUGAAGCGUGUAUGUAGUAUGAAUUUUGUAUGUAUUAGGUUUUCAAAAAUGGAUUUGUUACAGGGUAAUUUUCCCAUUUAUCAUUAUUGGAUUUCUUUUAUAGAUUACUUUUAUAAAUCAACAUCUA